AUGGUCGCACCGGUGGCUCAAAACGUCGCCGGAGCCGCUGAUUCGUUGCAGCCGCGUCCGGACUCAGAAAGCGAGGGUUCAACCCCUUCGCAUCAUCCGUCGCAGCUGUGGCAGCGGCGCAACUGGCAGCCCGCCGCGUCGCUUCAGCUCGACCCUCGCCGCCAAUCCUCGCCGGCUGGAAAUGCGGCCUUAGGCGCGGCGCGCCUCGUAAGGAGCGCAAGUGCCGCCGGACCGGCGCUUUCCGCAGAUCAUGGCGGCGCUCGCUCCGAUCGCGGUGCGAGCCUCCAUGGAGCAGCCGUACGUCCCGAGGGAAGCGCUCGGGGAAGGCCUGCGGAUUGCGGAACUGUCGGCGCGGCGGAAGGGCGCAGCGCAGGCGCGCGGCAAAUGUUCGCUCGAUCGCACAGCGUCUCGGGUGGCGCGGCGUCGUCGUCAAAGGGAGCCGGUGCGACGGGCGCGGGCGUCGCACACGCAGAUGGCGCGUCGCAGGGUCACCACGAGGCCAUCUCGCGUCCCGUCCGCGGCGCUUCCGCGUCACCGGGGUGCGUGGCCGCCAUCGCCGCCAUUCCCGGGGGGAGGCAGCCGGCGGGGGGGAGCAGCGAGUCGGCUGCGCGAGGCAAUGGCGGAACGGGCGGGAUUGUCGCCGCUGUUAGCAGCGGCGACAGUGGCGGAUCCAGCGGAACUGGCGCGCACGCAGGCAGCAUCGGGACGAACGCACGCGUGUUUCGGCGGAGCGCGAGCUGCGCGUUCAGUGCGGACGGACACGGCGAGGGGGAUGGCGGCGAGCGCACCUUGCGGAGAGGGCAGAGUCACGUAGUUAGGGGCACCAGCAACUGCGACGGCGGUGGCGGCGGACACCGGCCUGGGGUCGUGCGCGCUGACGGCGGAGCAUCAGCUGCUUCCGCCGGCGCUAGUCCAAUCAGCAAUCGGCGCGCUGGCGGCGCCGCGUUCCAGCGCGUGCUCUCCGUUUCGUCCCUCGAGGAGCCUUUCCUUGCCGGCGCCGCCCUCUCUCCCUCGCGCGCGUCACCAACGCGCCCCCUCGGACACGCGCGCCGCCACUCCACUUGCGUCAACUUCCGCGCUCUCAGUCCCACCACCCGCGCGCUUCCGCGGAAGACCGCGGAGGCAGAAUCGGCUGGCGCAAGCUCAACCCGGGCGAAAGCGGGAGAUGCUCCCCCGACUUCGCCUGUCGCCGUCACUUCCGCGCCGGUUCACGCGGCGGGAUUGCCCGCGCCGGCGCCGAGCGCGGAAAACCUUCCCGGCGGUAAUGCGUCGGCAACUUUUCCGCGGGGAGCGGCGGCGGGGCGCGCGGUAACUCGGCGGAGCGCGUCGCUGGCGUCGCUGGCGGAAUGGCAGCACGCGGGACGAGCGGAGCCCCCCGCCGCGGAGGGCGGCGCGGGCGCGAGACGCGUCGCGUCGCCAAAGCCAGCCUACUCGUUUCCACCCCGAUGCGCGUCGCUUCAGUCAAGUGACCCCAAUGAGGGACUGGCGGGUGGCAUUCACAGCGCGGCUCACAGGAGCAGCAGCAGCCAAGCCUUCGGCGUUGAUGGCAACCGUAGCAGCAACGGCUACCAUGUAACACUCGGCGGCAGCAGCAGUCACGGCGUGGCGAGCGUCAGUCCGCGACGACGCGCCAUGCUGCCCCCUCCCUCUCCCACCCACCAACCGCCGUCGCAGCAGCAGGCGCGGGAGGUGCGGAAGGAUGGCAUGUGGCGGCCCCCGCCUAUAUUCACACGGAUCAGCGCUGACGACGGCGAUGGUGGGGACGGUGAUGACGACGACGUGCCUCUAGCAGCCGUUUUCCCGUUUGUGUCACACUCGCCCAGCUCUCCGCAUGUACCCCAAGCAGCGGAAACAGCAGCAGAGGCGGCAGCGGAUCCAGCCUCGCGCGCCCUGACCCCUUCCCCCCGAUCCCCCCUCGCCUGGUCCUCCCCGCGCCUGCACUCCCCCUCUCACCCGCUCCCCCAGUCUUCUAAAGCCCCCAGGCUGCUGCGCCCCUCCGCCUCUCCCCGCGGCCCCCCUCCGCCCUCCUCCGCCCGAUCCCGCCCCACGCACGUACCCCGCUGCUCCUCCGUGCCUACCGCAGCCCUGUUGCAGGUUCGGGUGCUUGCCGGACCUCCAGCCUCGUCCUUCUCCCCCUCCCCCUCCCCCGGCCACCUCUCCUCCGCUCCCCCCUUUACCAUCACCACCAGCAGUGAUGCCCCCGCCUCCCCCAAUGCCCCCGCCUCCCCCGAUGCCCCCGCCUCCCCCGAUGCCCCUGUUUCCCCGAAAUCCCCCCCCUCCCCAAGCGCCCCCGCUUCCUUGAGACCCCCCCUCUCCCCCAGCUGGCCCUUCCCCCCGCCCCCCCCGCGCGCCCUCUGCAGCAGACCUGCCCUCCCCCGCCGCCCGGAGGCACCUGGCCAAGUUUGGGCUGCUGGAGGCACUGUGAGGGCAGAUGGGCGAGGUAGAGAGAGACGCUGUGAGGCACAUGGGCAGCUCUAG